CCAAACGAUGCGUAUUUAUCUUGCCGCAAUGUAGAAUGCUUUUGGCAGCCAGUGCUUGACAAUAGGAGGAAAUCAAGGCAUAAGGCAUAAGGUAUAAGGCAUAAGGCAUAAAAUGACGAGGGAGAUUGUUUGCUUCCAUCUAAAUAUUAUACCAGGAAGUAAGCUAAAGAAGGAGCUGAUGUGUGCAAAAAGAAAAAAACAAAAAAUUACAAGACAAAGUGGCAAGGGAACUUGUGACGCUAACAUCAAAGGAAAAAUCCGUUGAGGCGGUCUUUUUUGUUUCUCUUUUUCCCUCAUUUAGCUCCAGUAAGCGAUCAUGGCGAGCUUACAAGAACUAGCUCACCAGCAAAUUGCUUCGUUAUUUGCGCAUAAUACCAUUGUGACGUCGGUGGUGGAUGGACAACUCUACGACUUGCCAUGCGACGAUACCGUUUCAUUGUUAAUAAACUUACCGCCCCGCUUCCCAGACGAACCUCCAGUUAUUACCGUUACGCCUACCGGCUUGCGUCAUCCCUGGAUCGAUGCGGACACUGUGAUGAACGAGACCCUAAGGCACUGGAAUCAUCAGCAGAUGAAUAUUGGGCAAAUUGCCGCCGAUAUUCGUGACGAAUUCGCACAACGACCGCCGACAAAGAAAGAUGAAGGCUAUGGCCAUCGUCCACCUCCACCGAUACCAACUUCCACCACCUCAACACCCAACUUAUCCCAAACUCCGCUCGCCAUGUCCUCCUUUACUCCGAACCAAGAAUAUACAAUGAUUAUGAAUAAAACAUCCGCCGAAGUAGAAGAGUUGCUGUCCAAUGAUUUGCCGUUUGAAAUGUUCUUCAACUCUCUGGAACGGGUCAAGGGCUUAAAGACGGUCCAAGAAGAAUUAAUGAAUGGCAACGAGAAUCUUGCACACAAGAAUUUGAGCCGAGAAGAUCAGUUGGCCAAAUUGAGGACGGACGUGAUGAAUUUGAAUGAUGAAUAUCGACAGGAAAAGCAUGCGUUUGAUGAAAAGGAACGAUUGCAACAGGAAGCCUACAGUCGAUUCUCCUCUUCGACGGUGCUCACGCGGUUAAAGGCGAGUGUAUACGAAUCCGAUGAUUUAUCCGAAUCUGUUGCACAAAGCUUUUUGGACGGCAACCUUGAUCAUGACAGCUUUGUAAAGCAGUUUAGAGAACUUCGAAAAGUGUAUCAUUUACGAGCAAGCAAACUCGAAAAGGCACAAACAAACAGUGUGUUCACAUAAAAAAAUUUCGAAUCAUUCUUUUUUUGUGUUUUCGCGCUCUAAUCAAAAAAGGAAAC